GGCGCGUCCUCCCGGGCCGCCCCCCGCGGGCGUCAGAGGAGGCGGGCGCCCCGCGCGGUGACGGCGACGUGCGGUCGCGGGCGCUCUCAGCUCGCCGCCGCCGGAGAGGCCGCUGACCCCUCGGCGCGCGCGGCAGGCUCGGAUGGCUCAGGCGAAGAUCAGCGCGAAGGCCAACGAGGGGCGCUUCUGCCGCUCGUCGUCCAUGGCCGACCGCUCCAGCCGCCUGCUGGAGAGCCUGGACCAGCUGGAGCUCAGGGUGGAAGCUUUGAGAGAAGCAGCAACUGCUGUUGAGCAAGAGAAGGAAAUCCUGCUGGAAAUGAUACACAGUAUCCAAAACAGCCAGGACAUGAGGCAGAUCAGUGAUGGAGAAAGAGAAGAAUUAAAUCUGACUGCAAACCGUUUGAUGGGACGAACCCUCACCGUUGAAGUUUCAGUAGAAACAAUUAGAAGCCCCCAGCAGCAAGAAUCCCUAAAGCAUGCCACCAGGAUUAUUGAUGAGGUGGUCAGUAAGUUUCUGGAUGAUUUGGGAAAUGCCAGGAGUCACUUAAUGUCAUUAUACAGUGCAUGUUCAUCUGAGGUGCCACCUGGGCCAGUUGACCAGAAGUUUCAAUCCAUAGUAAUUGGCUGUGCUCUUGAAGAUCAGAAGAAAAUUAAGAGAAGAUUAGAGACUCUACUUAGAAAUAUUGAAAACUCUGACAAGGCCAUCAAGCUGUUAGAACAUUCUAAAGGAGCUAGCUCCAAAACUCUGCAGUAAAAUGCUGAAAGCAGAUUUCGGUUUCUAGCCUAAAGUACUUACAAGUAAUGACAUAAAAAUGAUAAAAUACCAUUUUAAGUGAUAACUCGUUCUUUAUGUUAGGCAUAACAACUCAUUUGGUACUGACAGUUGUUUCAGGUGAGGAAAAUAUUCCAGUGUCAUCACUUUUGUGCAUAAUUCAAUUAAAACUAGAAAUAUUUUAAUCUUUUUUAGACGUUUUUAGAUAAAUUCUUAUGUUUUGACUAGCACCUUUAUAUAUAUAUAAAUACAUAUUUUUUACUAUUCUGUGGAUGAAUACUUUGUAUGAGAAAGUAAGUGCUCAGCUAGAGGCAAGAGAACCACUGUUCUUUUCUGGGUUUGGGCAUGGAAAUGUGGUUAUGUGGGGCAUUUGGGUGACAAAAUCUUACUCACGAUACACACUACACAUUCUGUUAACCACACAGUGUGUUUAUAGGGAUAAAAGGAAUCACAAAAUAAGAACCUUUCCCUGUGUCUUCUCUUUCGUACAAUUUUUUUAGAUAUCUUUAUGAAAUUAUUCUGAAUGUAAAGAUUUGUGCAUCUAAUAAUAUGAAUGCAUUUCUUGAUAUAUGUGAAAACAUAAAAUGUGAAGGAAUUCACCUCUAAUUUUGCCACUGAACAACUAUAUACCCACUUCAUCUUCUUCAUCUUUUUCAAGUGCAACAUUUCUGUAAAUUUUUAAUCAUUACAGAAAUAAGGGUGUUGUAACUUGCCUUUGAAAAGAAAAAUUUAAUUCUGCCAUAAAGUCUGCUUAAUUGUCAACUUAAAAACCUCUCUUCUGUGUAGUUGACCAGGUUACUUACCUGUUCCCCUUAUUGGGCCUCAGAUUGUUUCCAACUUGUUGCUUAUUCCUGCAACGUUUUUAUGUACAUACAGCUUUUUUCUUCUUUCUUUUGUUUUUGAUUUUCUUUGUUAAGAUUCCCAGCAGUGGGAUUUACUGCAUCAAAGGGUAUAUACACUUUAUGGCCUGACAUAUUUCCAAAUUUUUUUGUGUAAGAGUUAUGUCAAUUUAUACUGUCUUCAAUAAUUAAAAUGUAGCUUUCACUGAAAGCUUUCCAGCA